GCAACUGCGGCAAAUAUAUCAAACAACAUACAAAAGGAACGGAAAAAUCGCAUCGACGCGUAAGUGAGCAGCCAUAGACAUAACUUUAACGAUAAGAAUUCCAAUUCGAAACCGGAACAAGUGCAGCGACCAGCAGCAGGCAACAAGGCAGGAGAUAGUGAUUUUAAACAAAAAACACACAGUAUUCCCGAUACACAACACCGUUCCUUCCCGUGCGUGUGGAACGAAGAAGCGAAGCAAAGAUCGAACUCUCUCUCUUGACGACCAAGGAAGGGUUGGUUUCCAGUCAUCAGUGGUUCAUGCAGCAGGCAACAUGUCGCAGCGCAAGAAGAUUCUGUACGGACUGUUCGGCAUCAUCGUCGGCCUGUGCGUGGGUGCAUUUUUACGCACCUAUCGAACGUUGGAAAUGGUCAGCAUGUGCAACACGAUGAACAUGAAGCAGAAAUCCGCACUGGACAUCAUCGGAUUGCAGCCGUCCGAGAUGCCCACCAACUCCCAGAGCACGCUCGUGUUUGUCGGCGUGAUGACGGCGAAGGAGUUCCUGCAGGGGCGCGCCCGGGCCGUGUACGAUACCUGGGGCCGGCAGAUCCCGGGCAAGAUGGCGUUCUUCAGCUCGCAGGACUCGAGUGCCCCGGGGUUGCCGCUGGUCGCGCUCAAGGGCGUCGACGACCGCUACCCGCCGCAGAAGAAGAGCUUCAUGAUGCUGCACUACAUGUACGAGCACUACAUCGAUCGGUUCGAGUGGUUCGCCCGGGCCGACGACGACGUCUACAUCCGGACGGAUCGGUUGGAGAAGUUUCUCCGCUCGAUCGACAGCUCCAAGCCGCAGUUCAUCGGGCAGGCGGGACGGGGCAACAGCGAGGAGUUUGGACUGCUGUCCCUCGAGUUCGAUGAGAACUUUUGCAUGGGCGGCCCGGGCGUCAUCAUGAGCCGGGAGACGCUGCGCCGGGUCGCGCCGCACAUACCGACCUGCCUGAAGAAUCUCUACAGCACGCACGAGGACGUCGAGGUGGGCCGGUGCGUGCAGAAGUUUGCCGGUGUACCGUGCACCUGGAAUUACGAGAUGCAAUCGAUCCUGCACCACAAUUCGAGCGGCAGUCGAGCGUUUUCCGGCAACCUGAAGAGCAAGGAGGUGCACAGUGCGAUCACGCUGCACCCGGUGAAGAAGCCCGCCUUCAUGUAUCGGCUGCACGCGUACAUGCUCGGGCUGCGAGCGCAGGAGCUGCGCCAGGAGUCGCUGCUUCUGCACCGCGACAUUGCCCAGAUGACGUCUCUGCUGCAGAUACCGCGCAUCAACAAGAACCUAGCGCCCGGCGUGCCGAUAUUCCCGCAGGACGAGAGCAGCAGCGACUACCUCGGCGAUCACAACGUGCUCGGUGCCACGCCAGACCUGAACCGGCAUCGACCGCGCGCACUGGACGAGCUGGUCGAGUGGGACUUCAUCGCCAAGAGUCUGUACUCGGGCAUGCACCCGAACCCGAAGCGCCGCAUCGAGUCGUCGGUGAAGGAGGGUCUGAACGACGUCAUACGCGAGAUUAUGGAGCACAUUAACAACUACUCGCGCCAGCGCGGCCGGGUGAUCGAGUUCCGCGAGCUGCUGUACGGGUACAUGCGCGUCAACAGCCUGUACGGGCAGGAUCUCAUACUGGACCUGCUGCUCGUGUACAAGAAGUACCGCGGCAAGAAGAUGACCGUCCCGGUGCGCCGUCACCUGUACAUUCAGCGCUCGUUCACCGAGAUUCAGGUGCGCGAGAUCACCGACGGCGUCGUACCUAGUCAGGCGCUCACCGCGGGCGUAAAGAAGCAAAAGACCGGUACCUUCUUCUCCGACCCGACCGGACGAUUUAUCGAUGCCACCGGACUUGAUCGGAUAUCCCAUCGGAUGAAGUCACUGUUCAACGGUGGUUUAGAACGACUGACGGACACGCUCGGAGUACCGAAUGGCGGGAGUGCGGGCUUUGCGGGCGCACAUCGGAACCAGCCGACGCCCGGAAAGGAUCGCAUCAUGUUCGUCAUCCCGCUGUCCGGCCGGUCGGACACGUUCAUGCGCUUCCUGCGCAACUUUGAGGAGGUCGCACUGCGCCAAGAUCAACAUACCGACCUUCUGGUGUCGAUGUUUGUCGAGCCGGUCGAGUCGCCGAUAGUGGUGCAGUUGCUGGACGGCAUGAAGGCGCGUUACCCGGCGAAUCGCAUCAACUACCUGCAGCUGCACGGGAACUUUUCGCGCGGCGUUGCGCUCGACCGCGCCAUCCACUCGUCGUACUGCGAGCCGGACGACAUACUGUUCUUCAUCGACGUCGAUAUGAUCUUCACCGUGCAGUCGCUCGACCGUAUCCGUCACCAUGUGAUCCGGCACCGGCAGAUCUACCUGCCGAUCGUGUUCAGCGAGUACGAUCCGCGCACACCGAACACAAUCCUGGCGGAAGCGGAGGCAGCGAUGGUGGAUGGUGGUGUUGGUGGUGGCGCCCCGACGACAACGACGGAGCAGCCGCGCAACUUUUCCACCCCGUAUGCAAUCAGCGACGAGCGCGGCUACUUCCGCCAAUUCGGGUACGGGCUGGCCGGCAUCUACAAAGCCGACCUGCUGCACCCGGACCUGAAGGGCUUCAGCACCGACAUCACCGGCUGGGGCCUCGAAGACGUCAAGUUCCUCGAGAGCGUGAUCGCGCUCAACCAGCGCGGCAAUCAGCGGUUGGCCGCGAUCGCGGACGGCCGCUGGGAUCCGCUGACCGCCAGCAACAACAACCGCCCGUCCACGGCCAGCAGCAGCACCACCGGGGGGUCGGACGCGCCGCCAUCCGCCGCACUACUAGCGCCCACCGAGGAGCUGGCCAUCUUCCGUGCGCCGGAUCCGUCGCUGGUGCACAUCUUUCAUCCCAUACAUUGUGAUACGAACCUGGAGGAGGCCCAGUACAACAUGUGCCGCGGGACCAAGGCCAACACUCUCGGUAGCUUUAGGACGCUCGACGACCGCUUCUGCCACAGCCCGGCGCUGCUGAUGUACGCCCGCUCGCAAACCACCAACCCACGGGCUGGUGGAGGAGGAGCAGGAGGACCGGCCGCGGUUGACGAUCGAGCUAAGGCAGCGGUUGAGGAGCAACGUGCCAAAUAGCAGAUAACUAAUUAAAAAUAUAUAUACUGAACUAGUGUGUGCGCGACUCGCGACUGUGCAGUAGGAAUAGUAGGGGGCGCAUAUGUCGCAGGAAAGAAGGCAGGAAAGGGUGGCCAUCUUAGCGAUUUUUUACUAUUGAGUUCGGGUAAGCCAAGCCCCAAGUUCGCGGAGAAUUAUCGUAUGUAAAUAUAAAUGUUUAGUAAUUUUCUAAA